UUUCAUACUUUUAGUUAAUUUUACUUUUUCAGAUUAUGCUAUGUCUAAAAUUAGCUUCAAAAUGACACGUCGCCGAACACAUUUGCAUAAAGAAAGUCCGAAGGUAUUUCGAACACUGAGAUCCAACAAGAAGCCCAUCCUUGAGCCAAGAUUGAAAUCUAGUCGAACAAAAUUUAGAGGUCGGGCCAGAACUAAAUGUAUAACGGUUUACAAAAAACCGCCGGCGGUGAAAGCUUAUGAAGAAACUUCGUCUGAUAGUGAAACCGGGUUUUCCAGCAGUCAGCACAACAAUAUGCCACAGGGACGAAAUCACCGAAAUAAGAGUGGAGGAAGUGAUUCCCCGGAUCAGCAGAGUGAUAGUGAUGAAGAUAUUUGCUUAUCUCAAACAGUGGAUAGUUUGGUUGGUGGUGAGAUGAGCUCCUCUGACCUCUCCUCGCCUGUCGGUCAACUGGGUCAGCUCUGCCAAACCGUAGCAGAGAUCGAUCAGGAUUGGAUGUCAGCAUGUAGCGAUGAAGCAGUCAAAUUCUUCUGUUCUUUACAACAAACAAGUUCAACAGUGUACAAUACAUCCAGCCUGCUUUACAGUACAACAGACAACGGGUUGUACCAGUCAGAUGAGAGUUCGCUCUAUGUACAUAAAGAGAACAUGUACCCUGCCGAGCAGCCCGUGUACCCUGUUUACCGGGACGGACUGUGCCCUGGUGGAGAGGAGGAAAAGGAUGAGGUGGAUGGGGGAGAUCAUCAACCCAUAGAUCUAGUCUAUUCUGCUGUUCAACCUCAAACCUUUAGAUCAGCACAGGAGUACAGUUCGCAUGUAUCUGAACAGUACAGUGGGCGUGGUUACCAGAUGAGCCGGUACACGAGGCAGGAGGAGGAGGUGGAGCCAGCCUUCGAUCCCUACGUGUUCAUUAAGAACCUGCCUCCUCUUACACCAGAAAUGAGAUCUAGGUGUCCUGCUCUACCCUUAAAAACAAGAUCUAGUCCACAGUUUUCUCUAGUUUUGGAUCUUGAUGAAACGUUAGUUCACUGUUCACUUCAGCAGCUUGAAGAUGCCACUCUAUCCUUCCCUGUCUUCUUCCAGAACCAAGAAUAUCAGGUGUUUGUAAGAACUAGGCCGCAUUUCUCCGAGUUCUUGGAGAGAGUUUCCAAACAUUUCGAGCUAAUUCUCUUCACAGCGAGUAAAAAGGUUUACGCAGAUAAAUUAAUGAAUUUACUGGAUCCUGGUCGUACUUUUAUUAAAUACAGACUCUUCAGAGAACAUUGUGUUGUUCAGGUUUACGCAGAUAAAUUAAUGAAUUUAUUGGAUCCUGGUCGUACUUUCAUUAGAUACAGACUCUUCAGAGAACAUUGUGUUGUUCAGGUUUACGCAGAUAAAUUAAUGAAUUUACUGGAUCCUGGUCGUACUUUCAUUAGAUACAGACUCUUCAGAGAACAUUGUGUUGUUCAGGUUUACGCAGAUAAAUUAAUGAAUUUACUGGAUCCUGGUCGUACUUUCAUUAGAUACAGACUCUUCAGAGAACAUUGUAUUGUUCAGGUUUACGUAGAUAAAUUAAUGAAUUUAUUGGAUCCUGGUCGUACUUUCAUUAGAUACAGACUCUUCAGAGAACAUUGUAUUGUUCAGGUUUACGCAGAUAAAUUAAUGAAUUUACUGGAUCCUGGUCGUACUUUUAUUAAAUACAGACUCUUCAGAGAACAUUGUGUUUGUGUUAACGGGAACUAUAUUAAGGAUUUGAAUAUACUGGGGCGGGAUCUAAGAAAGACGAUUAUAAUUGAUAACUCUCCUCAGGCCUUUGGUUACCAGCUGGAGAACGGUAUCCCUAUAGAAUCCUGGUUUGUGGAUAAAUCUGACAAUGAACUGAUGAAACUGGUCCCAUUCCUAGAGAAUAUUGUUAACCAGGCAGAGGACGUCAGGCCCAUCAUCCGAGAGUCCUUUCGUCUCUUCUCCCAUCUUCCUCCUGGGUAGGACAGAGACUAAAGAAACCAGAAGGAUGAGAGGGCAUUUCCCCAAUCCCCUUCAAACCUAUAGUUUCCCCACAUGCUAACCCAACUGAGCUUAACCUGCUAUAGCACUGAUAUAAAACUGAAAGAUGUAGCAUCGAAUCCAUUACAGGAUUUCUUCAUCAUGGGGUCAUCUGACUUCAAGCAAGGAUUUCAAGAUAAAGAUGCAAUUAUGGCACAACUUAAUCCAAUUUAAAAAUGUUUUUAGAUUUUGAUUUACUUCUUAGAGAUUAUGAGCAAAUUCCGGAGAAAAUUAUUGAACUAUUGUUUUGAGACUACCAGUAAUAUAUAAUGAAAGAUUUAUUCCCGUGUACAAAUUAUGCACUGCAAAAAGUAGUUCACUUCGAAGCCGGUUGUACACAAUCAUACACCAUAUUGUUAUGUACAUUAAAAUGAUUCUAAAAGUAAUCGUUGUUAUUGUUGAGAUUUUAUUAAACUGUUUCUUUGGUUACAAAAUAAAAACGACUGUGUUCGUUUUACAAUGGUAAAAAAUAGUCCCAAUAAAAAUAUUGAGCAUAUUUUUUUUAAAAGACUGUUAACUUUCUUGUCAAUUGGUGCCAUUGAUGAAACCUAAAACAAGUUAUUUCUUUAAAUUUUACGAAAAAAGUUUAUUUUAAUUGAGUAUUCAUUAUUCUAGUACCUUUACGCAACUUAUUGUCACAAAAUUGUGCUGAUUCUGUUUACUUGCAGGCUCCCUUCAUUUUUCUGUUUUGGAGAUAAUCCCCCUUUAUUCUGUUUUCUUGCAGGCUCCCUUCAUUUUUCAGUUUUGGAGAAAAUCCCCCUUUAUUCUGUUUUCUAGCAGGCUCCCUUCAUUUUUCGUUUUGGAGAUAAUCCCCCUUUAUUCUGCUUUCUGGCAGGCUCCCUUCAUUUUUCUGUUUUGGAGAUAAUCCCCCUUUAUUCUGUUUUCUAGCAGGCUCCCUUUAUUUUUCUGUUUUGGAGAUAAUCCCCCUUUAUUCUGUUUUCUAGCAGGCUCCCUUCAUCUUUCUGUUUUGGAGAUAAUCCCCUUUUAUUCUGCUUUCUGUGAGGCUCCCUUCAUUUUUCUGUUUUGGAGAUAAUCUCUCUUUAUUCUGUUGUUUUCCUUAGUAUCCUCUCUAUACUGCUGCCAUUUUGUAGAAAUGUUCAUGACAGUGUUUAAUUGGCAGCUGUCAGGUUUAGAUCCAAGCUGGAUUUUUUGGAUUUUAUUUUAUUUAAUGGGCAGAUUUUCUCUUCUUAUUGGCAGAUUUCCCCCUCGAAUUGGCAUGUUUUUUCCUUUUCAAUUGGCAGAUUUUUACCUCUGAAGUUGCAGGUUUUCGCUCCAAAUCGGCAGGGUUUUUCCAGUUUUGAAGUAGGCAGAUUUUUACUCCAAAUUGGCUGGUUUUACCCCUUAAUUCGCAGAUUUCCCCAUCUUAUUGAAAGAUUUCCCUCCUAAUUGGAAGAUUUCUUCUAAUGGGCAGAAUUUUUAUUCUGAUAGCCUGACCAACAUCAGCUAUUUUGCUGAAUACCUCUUAAACCUAUUGCAGAGCACCAUAUUUAACUUAUCGACGCAAAGUCAUGAGACAGUUUAAAAUCUGUUACAGAUAACCUCUAAACCUUUAUAUUGCAGAACACUCUUUAUUUUAUUUGAUGCAGACAACCCUUGUGAAUCUAAUCUUUAACCAUUAUAUUGCCAAACACUCACCAUCUUCUUUGUUGAGAAAUAUCUUAAUCCAUCCUUUGCCGAUUACCCCAUUCAAUUUAUGGUUGCGGUUUGUUGGCAAAAUACCUCUUUAUAAUAAGGAUUUUUUGUAACGGUGGCACAACAUCGUUUUUUUCUUUUCUAAAAAAAUAUAUAUACCUUUGAGUAGUUCCUGAAAUGUUUGUGAAUUAUUUUUUAAUUAUCAAAACACCUCGAGACAAUUUUUCACAAACCAUUUUUUUGUUUUUAGAAUUUGGUUGAGAUUUUAACUCUAAAUGAAUGGAUACCUCAAUGGUUUAGUUUUCGAGCUUGCAGCCUCUUCGGCUCUUACAUUAUUUUUGAAAAAAGUUAAAGCGAAAAAAUUUGAGAAAAUUUAAAUGUAAAAUACAAGUAUUAUUACCUGUAACAAAUGUAAAAUUUACAUCGGUGAAAAUCUAUUCUGUUAAAUUUUAUUGUGAUUUUUUGUUCUGGGGACAUCAAAACCCAGCACCCAUUGUAAUACUAUGAAUGCAUAUUGAAUCUAUAUAUAUAUACCUUACAUAAUAAAAUAGUUUUUUAAA